AACAACUACUUCUAAUUAAACAAAGUAACUUCCUCCUCUUCUUCAAGUUAAGACCCCGUCCAUCCCUAACCCCACAACCCAACAAAAUGAAAUCCUCCUCAGAAUCUCAAGACCUUCUCCACCCCCCACCGCCGGAAAACUCCACCGGCGCCACCGUAGCUUUCGGCCUCCUCUCUCAGCCAUACCAAUGGAUCAGAAAGCUCUGCAGAGAGCUGAACACCAGCUUCGUUCUCGGUGUCAUGCUAGUUUACGGUCUGAGCCAAGGCUUCUCCGGCUCUUUCUUCAAAGUAGUUUCAGAUUUCUACUGGAAAGAUGUUCAGAAAGUUCAGCCUUCUGCGGUUCAAAUGUACAUAGGUUUCUAUUAUAUUCCAUGGAUUUUGAAGCCCGCGUGGGGGAUUCUAACUGAUAUGUUUCCGGUGAGGGGUUAUCGCCGGCGGCCUUACUUCAUAGUCGCCGGUGCAAUGGGGGCGUCGACGGCUAUGAUAAUAUCGAUGGAAGGGAAAUUAAGCGUUGGAAUCGCUCUCCUCUGCCUGGUCGGAAUGGCCGCCGGAGUCGCCAUCGCCGACGUGACCAUCGACGCCUGUAUCGCUAAGAACAGCAUUGACAAGCCGAGUCUGGCUUCUGAUCUGCAGAGCCUCUGCAGCUUUGUUUCUUCUGUUGGCGCCUUGAUUGGUUACUCUUGCAGUGGCCUUCUUGUUCAUCUCCUGGGGGCACAGGGUGCUUUAGGACUAAUGGCAAUUCCUCCUGCAUUUCUCGUUGUUUUGGGUUUUCUAAUCUUUGAGCUGAAGACAAGUAGCCCAAGAGAUAAGAGAGAGGUAGGGGAGAAGGUGAGGGAGGCAAUAUUAGGGAUGCAAAGGACAAUAAGGUGCCCUGAGGUGUGGAGGCCUUCACUAUUCAUGUUUUUUUCUAUAGCCCUCAGCCUCAGCACACAUGAAGGCCAGUUCUAUUGGUACACUGACCCAAAGGCUGGCCCUGCUUUCUCACAGGGAUUCGUUGGAAUCAUCUACGCCAUUGGAGCAAUCGCCUCUAUAGUAGGCGUUCUAAUCUACCACAAACUCCUCAAAAACUAUCCCUUCAGAAGCCUAAUCUUCUACUCCCAGCUCCUCUACAGCGCAUCCGGAAUGCUUGAUCUCAUCUUCAUCCUCCGCUGGAACCUCCAACUUCGAAUCCCAGACUACAUCUUCGUCGUCCUGGAGGAAUGCGUCAGCCGAGCCAUUAGCCGGAUUCGAUGGAUGCCGAUGAUCGUGCUCAGCACCAGACUCUGCCCGGCGGGCAUCGAAGGUACCUUCUUUGCUCUUUUGAUGUGCAUCGAUAGUUUGGGUUCGCUGGGAUCGAAGACGGGGGGAGGUGUGCUGUUGAGUCUGUUCCAUGUGACCAGAUCUGAUUUCGAAAACUUAUGGAUUGUGGUUUUUGUGAGGAAUCUGUUGAGGAUGGCAACAAUGGCGCUUGUUUUUCUGGUGCCUGAUGGUAAUCAGUUGGAUCAUCUGCUUCCCUCGACGCUUCGGGAUGUCAGCAAUGGCGGUGAUGCUGAGAGCCUUAAGCUUCUCUCGAUAAAGCAGGUGGAUGUGGAUGAGGCCAUAGAUGUAUUGUGAGAGAGAGAUGAAAAAAUGAGAAGAGGUUGCAGAAGCAAUUUUUAUUAAAACAAAAACAAGCCUUAUCUCACUAAGUUGGAUUGGCUAUAUG